AGAUGAGAUUCCAGUGACUCGGUGGUGGUGAACACUACUAUGCAUUUCAAUUUAUUCGCAGAAAAAUAAAAAUAAAAUAAAAAAACUAAACAACUAAUAAAAUUAUUAUUUGUUGAUAUUUUCCUCAGCAACAAAACGUUAAUUUUUUUUCAUCCGUGAAAAUACUUCGUUGAAGAUAACGGUGUAACGAAACGAGUCUCAAUCUUUUAUUGUUUCCAAACAACAACCUGCGAGAUUCGACAAUACUUCGUGUGUCCUAGAUUUCGUUUCACGAAUACUGAGGAAUUUCCGGAAAGGGUUUUCUCAUAUAAGGGUUUUGCAGUGACGCUUCUACUUCUAUACUUUCAUAGUGAAAUUUGGUUCCUUGGAGUAAUUUCAGUUUUGUUGGAGUGAAUUGUGUUUUUUUCUUUGAAUGUUUGCAUUUAGGGUUUUGUUAUUGUGAGAAUACUUGAAGGGUGUUUGUUGAUUCAUUCAUGGAAAGUUCUUCAUUUGGUUGUUUGAUGAUUGAAAGAAAGAGGGUAGUUUGUAUUGUGGAGCUUGUUUAGUGUUUAGUGCAGUGUUGUCGGAUAACGGAUAACGGCGAUAGUUGGGAUAUACUGCUAUCGCGAAGCGGAAUUUAAACAAACUGUUAUUUUAUGUGAUCUGCGAUUGAUGAUGUUGGGUUAAGAAUGGAUUUGUGUCGUUUCUUAGCUAAAUAUUGGAACAGGAGUUCGGAGAAUGGUGAUGGUUUGUAUAGUUUGUCUUUAGAGGAUUCGAAAUUUGAGAAUGUUGAGUCGUCGAGUUACUGUUUAUCGUUGGUCAAAGAUACACAGAGACAAGAAAUGGGAAAAGAUGUUUCUUUAGAUCGAGGGGGUUUGGAUGAGAAGUCUUUGGGUUUGAGUUCCAUGGAUGGUUUUUCGACAGGAGAUAUGUCGUCUAAUCGAAAGUAUAAUGAGAGUGAUUUGCUGUCUAUAUCGAACUUAGCCGUGCCAUUAUCACCAUACGAAUAUGAUGAUAGCUUUAAGCAUGGUGAAGACGGAGAUGAGCGAAAUAGUGAUACUUUUGGCAACCGUGGUUUCUUUCUUCCAGAUUUUUCUACCAAUGUGGUUCCUAUACACAACUCUUUCGGGCAUAAAACCUGUUUAUCGGCUAAACGUUUUUCCAAGCAUGUUAGUAGACCGUUAAAUUCAUUAGAAAGUUGUUUCAUGGCUCAGAUAUAUAAAGAACAUGCUAAAAUGGAAGAGUUUGUUUUCAGUCCUCUUUCAUUAUCAAGUACGGCCACAAGAUCGUUUCGGGUAAGCAAUGGAAGCCGAAUAGUCAAUAGAGGCAGUGAUACUUUGAUCAAUUCGUCAACUGCGAGUGAGCAUAAGUUGCAUAAAGCUGGUCGUGCAAAAGACAAAAAUGAUACCAAGAAGAUGAAGCUGGAUGCAAUUAUUGGACGAAAUCGAAGGUCAAGCUUUUCUGAUGACGUGCUUAGUGGAAAACUCACCCGAUAUGAUCCGACGUUUCUCUUCUGCUUUGGGAUUUCUCUUGGGAUGAUAAUUUCCAUCGUGGGAAAUAAAAAAGAAAUAAUCAAGUUACGAGAAUUGUUGAAGCAGAGUGAGAACUUGGUUCAAGACCUUCAAGAUGAACUUGAUAUGAAAGAUUCGUUAACCGUGAAGGAGUUACAUAACGAAAAUUACGGUUCACAAGAAACAUGUGAUCAUUCCUUCAAUAGUAAGGAGCUACAUGAAUUUUCCCCUGAAAAACACGUGGACUGCUCUCCAAGAAUAGAAUGCAAAGAAUCGUCAUAUGAUAAGAAGGAAGAACAAAGUUCGGAAUCUAUGAGCAAAAUUGAAGCAGAGCUUGAAGCUGAACUUGAGAGAUUAGGGUUGGACAUGAAUAAUUCAAGCCUUGAUAGAAAAUUAUCUGAGCUUGUUGAGAUUGACCCGGACUUUGUAGCAGAUUUUGCUCAAGGUGAGUUGCCAGCCAACACGUUCGGUGGAACAGAUGCCAAUGUCACUACACCUCUUCCUUCAAACUACGGAGUUUCACCGCAUGAACUGAGUGUACGUUUGCACGAAGUCAUACAACACCAACUCGAGAAACGAGUGAAGGAGCUUGAGAUUGCCCUUGAAAAUAGCCAAAGGCGAGUAAGGUUUUUGGAAUCCAAACAUGAUGGUAGUUUUGAAAAGGCGUCUUCUCCUACUAAAGGAAACCUGUUGAUGGCUCGCGAAGAUUGCGAGACUAUGUCUCAGCCCUUAAUUCUCAAUUUAUCAGGUGAAGCACUUGAUGCAUACAAUGAAGCCUAUGAAGAGUUAAUAAAGAUAAAUGAUUCUGAAGACAAUUCACCAUCAACCAACAUUCAUGAUAGUGAUGAUGACAACAAAGAAGGUUCACUUUCACAUGACUGGCAUGCAACAGGUUUUGAGCACAGUUCGGCGACGAACUCGGUAGUUGAUGAAGGAAGUCUUUCAAGGGAACCCUAUUUUAGCAAGGAGACAAUGUUGGAAGGAGAAAGCUUUAGUGAAUUAAAUGUUAGUGGAGAUGAAAGCUGUGAUUGUGAUAAUGAUGAGGUGGAGAGGCAAUUGAUAAGGCAAAUUGUUGAGAGAACCAAGAAAGGUUCUCCGCUUUUUCAAAAUGCAAAAAAGAUAUUGUAUUCUAUGGAUGAAGAUGAACAACAUUGAUAUCAUCUAGUUCUUAGGAAUGUAGGAAUAGAAAAAGAAAAAAAAGGGUAUUACUUAUUGAAGAAUAUAGUAAAAGCUUCAUUUGAUCUGA